AUGAAUUUCGACUCUUCGAUACGAAUCGACAAUUUCAAUGAAUCAUACAAUCGCACAACAGACACCUUUGAUGUUCUCAGAAACUCUUUUACUACAUCUCUUAUUUCUGGGAAGAGGUCUUCGGACAUUCAUUCGGAUGUCUCAGCCCAACCUGGAAAGCUUUUCGAUCUUCGCAGCUCGUUCUCAUCGCAUCGCGAAGCUCAUUUUACUUCUCUAAGGCCAGUCGACUCGCUUCCGUUCCCCAUCGACCAAUCCGAAUUGCAUCGCAGCAGUCUCCAAAUCCCGGACGCUCCCGACACUCGCAUCCCCAUGCAGCCAUUCUGCAAUGUUUGCACCGCCUCUCCUCCGCUCCCCGUGGAGACGAAGCCUCCCACCAUGCCAGUCUAUCACAAUCUCACAGUGGGAUCCCAAACCUUUCCACCUGCGGGAUCCCAUAUCUUUCCACCUGUGGAACCCCACUCUCCUCAACCCGUGGGAUCCCAAACCUUUCCACCUGCGGGAUCCCAUAUCUUUCCACCUGUGGAACCCCACUCUCCUCAACCCGUGGGAUCCCAAACCUUUCCACCUGCGGGAUCCCAUAUCUUUCCACCUGUGGAAUCCCACUCUCCUCAACCCGUGGGAUCCCAAACCUUUCCACCUGCGGGAUCCCAUAUCUUACCACCUGCGGGAUCCCAUAUCUUUCCACCUGUGGGAUCCCAAUCUCUUCCAUCUGUGGGGUCCCUACCCCUCCCAUCUGUGGGAUCCCAACCUCUCGAUGCCCCGCCUGUCGACGUUCAGCCGGUGCAAUUGGCGCCGUCGGACGAGUCCGUGGGGUCCACGGCCAGCACGCAGCUCUCUCAGCUCUCUCAGCUCUCUCAGCUCCCCCAGCUCCCUCAGCUCCCUCAAUUCUCGGGGAGUUUCCUCAUGGAGCCGGUGCCGGGGAGUCCGGGUCUGUUCAAAGCGAUGGGCGCGGUGCCGGUGACGGAGUGCAGCCUCAUCAUCGGGUCUCCGGUGAUCAGCGCGUCGGUAGGGUCUUCCGGAACGAACUCAUCGCUGAUCGGGUCGCCGGUACUGGGGAGCGCGAUUUCACUGCCGGGGCGCGGGAACAGCGUGCAGAUCGGCGGCGGAGGGGGCGUGGAGGGCGCUGCGGAGAGCUUGGAGAGCGGAGAGAAUGCGGGAGGAAGGCAUGGUCCGCGGUAUCGAGGAAAGAAGGGAGUGGAGCUGAAGGGAGAAGUGGACGGCGUGCCGGUGAGGUUAGGCGAUAGACCGGAUAUGAAGGUGCCGAGAAAGAGCCAGAAAUGGACGGAGGAGGAAGAUCGGUUGCUGCUGGACGCGGUGGAGAAGAUUGGCGAGCGGAAGUGGAUCGAGGUCAGCAAGUGCGUUCCGGGGCGCGACAACACACAAUGCAUGCAGCGAUACACGAAGGUGCUGCGGCCAGGGAUCAAGAAGGGAACGUGGAGUCCGGAGGAAGAUCGAUUGCUGCUGGAGUGGGUGAAGCGACUGGGGACGGGGAACUGGGAGGAAAUCGCGUCGCACAUCGAGGGGCGGAGCGCGGGGAAGUGUCGAGAGCGCUAUACGAACUACAUCGGACCGGAUGUGAAGAAGGGAGGAUGGACGGAGGAGGAAGAUCGUCUGAUUUUAGAGCUGCAGAAGCAGUGGGGCAAUCACUGGGCGGCGAUCGCACAGAAGCUGCCGCGUCGCACGGCCAACGAUAUAAAAUCGCGCUGGAAAUCGCUGAACAAGAAAGGCCAGAAGAAAACGAGCUAGUCAUC